AUGCACAUUACAUAUCGUUAUAUAUAUGCCGAAAAACAUCCGGACAAUUUCAUUCGUAUCUAUAAAACUCCUAUUUCUUUCUUUCUCUCUCUCUCUCUCUCUCACCUCCCGUCUCCCUUUCUUCCAUUUCCUUUCCCCCACAAACGUUGUCCAUUGUUAUAUUUCUUAUCUAUCUAUCUAUCUAUCUAUCUAUCUAUCUAUCUAUGCAUGAGAAUUGUCAAUAAAUUCUUUGCAACAUAUAUUUUGAACAAAAUAUUGAAAUUAAUCUAUCUAUCUAUCUAUCUAUCUAUCUAUCUAUCUAUCUAUCUAUCUAUCUAUCUAUCAUCUGUUCAUUAUCUAUCUAUCUAUCUAUCUAUCUAUCUGUAUGUUCACAGAUGUCUUAGCCAGUUCAUUAUCUAUCUAUCUAUCUAUCUAUCUAUCUAUCUAUCUAUCAGUAUAUUCACAGAUGUCUUAGCCUGUUCAUUAUCUAUCUAUCUAUCUAUCUAUCUAUCUAUCUAUCUAUCUAUCUAUCUAUCUAUCUAUCUAUCUAUCUAUCUAUCUCACCGGAAUAUGUUCACAGAUGUCAUAGCCUGUUCAUUAUCUAUCUAUCUAUCUAUCUAUCUAUCUAUCUAUCUAUCUAUCUAUCUAUCUAUCUAUCUAUCUAUCAGUAUGUUCACAGAUGUCUUAGCCUGUUCAUUAUCUAUCUAA